UAUUGUUAUAAUUAAACCCAACAAAGAAACUUCCCUCAAUAUUUCAUCAAAAAAUUCUCUCCAAAUUAAAUUUCUUCCUCCACCAUUGAAGAGAGAGAAGAAGAAACAGAGUUUGUUUCAUUUCUCUGUUUCUUAAAAUGAAAGAGAAAAAUGAAGAUCAGAAAAAAUUAAAGCAAUUCAAAGGGAUAAGGAUGAGAAAAUGGGGAAAAUGGGUAGCGGAAAUUCGAGAGCCUAAUAAACGCUCUCGAAUUUGGCUUGGUUCUUAUUCUUCUCCCGUCGCCGCCGCCCGUGCCUACGACGCCGCCGUCUUCCACCUCCGUGGCCCCUCUGCUCGCCUUAAUUUUCCUGACUUUUUCUCCACCGUUGACCGCUCCUUCCCUCUCUCCGCUGCUGCCGUCCGCAAGAUCGCCGCCGAGGUCGGCGCCCGUGUCGAUGCUCUUGAGUCUUCUCUCCGCCACCACUCCGCCCAUUCAUCCGACCGAACCACGAAGCUUCGUUCUUCUUCUUCCAGUGGGUUUUCCGAUCGGGUCGACUUGAAUAAAUUUCCCGACCCGGAAGAUUCCGAUGGCGACUGCGCUACCACUCCUUGCACAAGCUGACAAUUUCAAAAUCGCUGAAGGAUAGAUAUUUGGUGGAAGUCCAUGCUCAAGAUAGAGGGAAUAAAAUGGUUGAAAUUGAUGGAUUAAAAUUUAGGUAUAUUAAAAAAAUGGAAAAUAAUGAAAAAUAGACUAAUCUCAUUUUAUUCUUUCGUCAUAAAUUAUUAUAUGAUAAAUUCUUCGGACUUCUUUUUAUUUAUUAUAUAUUUAAUUUUUUUAUUUUAUAAUUAAAGUAUGAUUCACAAAGAUGUGUGCAUAGAUUCACAUUCACUCAAAUAUUUUUUUUGCAAUUCUACUUAGUGGCUCCAUCACAAUUUGAUACGUGAUAUUUUUUAUUAUUAUUUUAUAUAUUUUGGCUCUUUUUCUAUAGUGUUGAAAAUAAAAAACUCAUAAAUUAAUUAGGAAAAUUUUUAAGAUUUCGAAUAGCUGUCCCGAAUUCAAGUUGAUUAUGUUUUGCCUCUUUCUCAAAGAAAGACGAUCAAACAAUUCCCAAUCAUGGUCCUUGCGGAUCUGAUCAUCCACAUAAUAUACAAAAAGAAACUCUAGAUAUUUGAUAUCUUUCUCUUUGAAUGAGAUCUCAAUUCCAGCGAAGGUUUCAUUAGAUAUCUUACAACUGGAAUCCCUCUUUUCUCCGAUCCAGUUUCUCCACCACCACGAAUUGAGCUAUAAACUGUCCCCCUUCGGGAGCUGGGGAAUAGCCCCGUAGGGAACUUCUUGUUAAUUGCACGCACUAAGUCUUUAAAAGCAAACAUGAAUCCCCGGAACGUAACUUCAAGCGUCGAAGCUAGAAGAAAGAGAUGGAUUCCCGGGCUUGAUCUGGUUUAGUAUUAAGUUGACCAAGGAGUGAUAAUUGCAGCAGGCGCAGACUCAGGUAGUUUGAAUAGGGAUUCUCCAUCAUUGUCGGAGGAAAUUGCUUGUCUUCGCAUGGGAUCUCCCGAGAAUCAAGAGAUGAUCGCCACGAAGAACAUCCCAAAAAUAUUUACACUUUAUAGCAAAAAAAUUCUAAAAGUGUUUGUAUUUUUGGAAUUUUUUUUACAAAAGUGUAACUAUUUUAAAUGUUUUUUAUAUUUAAAAAGACCUCAAUUAAUUAUAUAUUUUUUAAAUUUUCAGAAAUUGUUUAUAACUUUAUAUAAUUUUACGAUAACUAUGAAAUUCUAGAUUUGUCACUACUUAAGAGUACAGAAAAAUGGGUGCAAGUGCUGUUCUAAUUAGCUUACAUGUAGAUCAACUUUCUAACGUAUAUUUUAAUUGAUCAGAAAAAUAUUGGACAAUAAUUCACCAUCAAAUAAACAUAUGAAUCAUGGUUUAGCUCUCCCUUUCCUUGACCCUAGUUGUAUGCAUUAUUGCACUAGUCUUUCCAAGACAUUUCUUUUCAUCAACUUGUUCUUUUUCUAACAUCUUUUCCACGCAUAUUAAAGCAUAGAUAUUUGGUGGGGAAGAAAAGUGUGUCUAUAUAUAUAUGGGAUAAAAGAUUGAACCUCUAAUUUCGAAAUUGAUUGUACGUACUUGAUACCAAUUGAACCAGUACAUUCUAACUUUGAG